ACUGGCCGGUGCUUCCCGGACAGCGCUGGAAGCCCCGGCGGCCGCCCAUGGGGCGCGUGGCGCUGCCCGCCUGGCUGCAGCCCAGGUACAGGAAGAAUGCCUAUCUUUUUAUCUAUUAUUUAAUCCAGUUCUGUGGCCACUCAUGGAUAUUUACAAAUAUGACAGCCCGAUUUUUUUCCUUUGGAAAAGACUCAAUGGUUGACACGUUUUAUGCUAUUGGACUUGUGAUGCGACUUUGCCAAUCCAUUUCUGUCCUGGAGUUGUUGCACAUAUAUGUUGGCAUCGAAUCAAAUCAUCUUCUGCCAAGAUUUUUGCAGCUUACAGAGAGAAUAAUCAUCCUUUUUGUGGUGAUUACCAGUCAAGAGGAACUCCAAGAAAAAUAUGUGGUGUGUGUUUUAUUCAUCUUUUGGAAUCUAUUGGAUAUGGUUAGGUACACCUACAGCAUGUUAUCAGUCAUAGGAAUAUCCUACACCAUGUUGACAUGGCUCAGUCAAACACUGUGGAUGCUGAUUUAUCCUCUGUGUGUUCUUGCUGAAGCAUUUGCCAUCUAUCAGUCGUUGCCUUAUUUCGAAUCGUUUGGCACUUAUUCUACUAAGCUGCCCUUUGACUUAUCCAUCUAUUUCCCAUACGUGCUGAAAACAUAUCUUAUGAUGCUCUUUAUAGGUAUGUAUUUUACCUACAGUCAUCUUUACUCAGAAAGAAGAGAUGUCCUCAAAAUCUUUCCCAUGAAAAAGAAGAAAAUGUGAAGCCCAGCACUCCAGUGUAACAUGAUAAAAGACUGAGCUGCAGUAAAUACAGCACAGGAAGUAUUACCUAAUAUGCAAGAAAAAUCCAUGCUAUGAAAUAACUGCAAUAUCACAAUAGACUCUGGUUUUUGCACGUUAUAUUUUUAAGACAUACUCUGCAUACCCUUUCUGCUUCACCAAAUCUGUAGAUUUUAUACAAGUUGCACUUAUACUGUAUAAAGUCUGAUAAUUUUCCUGUGAAGUUAAUGAGGAAUAAGAGAUUAACUCAAGUAGGUUAAAUUAAAUUGGGAAACUAAACUUGGUGAUGUAAAUUACAUGUAGCCAAAUAGUAGUUCUGUAGGAAGGGAAUGAUGUAAAAUAGGUUCUGAAGUCAUCUAGAACAACAUUAUCUGGACAUAUGUCAUUGAUUUUCCUACAGCUAACAAUUUAAUACCCACCCUAAACAUUAAACACAUUUAGAAAAUUGAACAUUUUCUCAAGUCCUGUGUUUUAGCUCAGGCUGCUAUAAUGAAACACCGUAAACUACAUGGUUUGAACAACAGAAAAUAAUUUCUUACAGCUCUAGAGGCUGAGAAAUCCAAGAUUGGGGGGUGUCAGUUGAUGAGGGCUGUCUUCCUGGUCUGUGGAUAGAUGCCUUCUAGCUGUGUCCUCAUAUGAGAAAGAGGUCAACUCUCAUCUCCUCCUAUAAUGGCGCUACUUCCAUUCCUAAUUUCCUCCCCAAGGCCCCACCUCCAAAUACUAUGACACUGGGGGUUAAGGCUUAACACAUGAAUUUGAGGGACACACACAGAUUCAGUCCAGAGCAUUCAAUAUGUGGCCUCCAAAAAUUCAUAUUCUUCACACAUGCAAAAUACAUCCAUUCUGUGUCAACAGCCCCAACAGUCUCAUUUCUACAUCAAUUCUGAAAUCCAAUAUCUUAUUUAAACAUUAUCUAAAUUACAUGUGGGUAAGACUUAAUUCAUCCUGAGACAAAAUUCCUUUCCAGCUGUGAACCUGUGAAACCAAACAUGUUUCUGUGCUUCCAAAAUGCAAUGUUGGGACCAGCAUAGGAUAGAUAUUUCCAUUCCAAAAGGGAGAAACAGGAAAAAAGUUUGGGGUAACGUGUUGGUUCCCCAGCAUGUCCACAUCCUAACAAGUCAAAUUUCAUUAGAUCUUAAGGUUGAAGCUUUGCCCUCAGGACCCAUCAAGGUGGAGGUGCUACCCCCAGGACUCUGCUAGAGGAGGCAGGUCCCCAGGGUUCCAGGAGGAAGCCUUUGAACCUGAGUGGUAGCCCUGAUCAUCUGUGUUUCCUUGUCUUGAAGAAUAGUGUACGUUUACAGCUGAAUAGCUCUAUGGUGCUGUCCUAUGAAAUCCAAUAAGUCCAACAGCCUGCCUUCAUCCUGUUGCGUCUCCACUCCCUUCAGUUUACUAGUGGGCAAGGGUCCUGCUGGAAUGACAGAUUAGGUCUGUGGUUCACAUACAAACAUGUUCUCAUUGAAUGGUUGGUGCACCAUAUCCUUCAUGUUUUCUUCCCAACGUUUUCUCACUUUUUAUAAGAUAAACAGGUUGAGAAUUUUCCAAAACCUUUAAGUUCUUUUCCUUUUUGGUUUUCAUUUCUUUCUGCUCACGUUUUACGUUAAGCAGUCAAGAGGAACCAAGCCAUUCCUUUAACACUUUGCUUAGCGAUCUCUUUAAUUAAAUAUCAAAUUUCAUGGCUUACAAGUUUUACCUUUCCCAAAACACUAACAGGGGUCUUCAAACUUUUUAAACAGGGGGCCAGUUCGCUGUCCCUCAGACCAUUGGAGGGCCAGACUACAGUUUAAAAAACAAACUAUGAACAAAUUCCUAUGCACACUGCACGUAUCUUAUUUUGAAGUAAAAAAACAAAAUGGGAACAAAUACAAUCACACUGCCUCAUGUGGCCCGUGGGCUGCAGUUUGAGGACCCCUGCUAGAACAAGAACAUGCCAUGUUCUUUGGCAAUUAUAAAAAAUAUCACCUUUCCUACAGUUUUCCAUAAUAUGCUUCUUAUUUUCAUGAGCAUGGCCUUUUUACUGUCCAAAUUCUUACCAACAUUCUGUUCAUGAUUAUGUAUUUUCUAAGAAGGUGGAGGCUUUAUUUCCCCUUUUCUUUCUGAGCCCUCAUAAAAAUCACCUUUAUCAAUCCCUUCAUGGCAAUAUUGGUGUUUCCUAGCAUGCACCUCUAUACUCUUCCAGCCUCUACCCAUUAAUUAAUUUCAGAGCUGCUGCCACAUUUUUAGGUACUGGUUAUAGCAGCCCCUCACUUCUUGGUAUCAAUUGCUGUCUUAGCUUGGGGUGUCAUAACAAAAUGCACCAAACUGGGUGGCUUCGACAACAUAAAUACAUUUCUCACAGUCCUGGAGGCUGAGAAGUCCAAGAUCAAGGUGCCAGCAAGUUUGGUUCCUGGUGAGGUUCCAUCGUGCUGAUUCUUCUCUGCUUUGCCAAGCAAUGCAGUGGCUGCCUUCUUGCCACGUCCUCACGUGGUAGGUAGAGAAUCAUCUCUUCCACGUCUCUUCUUGUGAGGGCUCUAAUCCCAUUCAUGAGGGCUCAUGACCUGAUUAUAUCCCAAAGACCCCACCUCCAAAUGCCAUCACACUGGGGAUUAGAUCUUCAACAUAUGAAUUUGCUGGAGACAUAAAUGUUCAGUUCAUAGCACUCUAAUAAAUGAGUAUUCAUGAAUAUACCAUAAGUUAUUUGGACUUUAAUGCCUAAAGAGGACACUAAUGAAAACAGAAUAAAUCUUUGGUAAAUACACAAGUAAUGCCCUGUUCACUAUUUUUUCUUUUUAAAAUCAGGGCAUGCAUGCACAUAACUUACAGUAAAUACUUAAAAAAAAAACUAAGAACUGGUGGUGUUUUAGAUUAUUUAUUAUUGAAUUAUUACUGUUAAUUACUGUAAUGUAAGUCAGUACAUUUCAUUUAGUUUUGAAAAUGUUCCUUUGAAGACCUAAAAAAAUGUAUAAAUCACUAAGAAUCAUUGCUGUACCAUUAACUACAUAUAAAGGGCAUUAAAUGUACUGUGACAUACCUGGGUAAUGAAAAUGUACUUUUAAAAGAUGUGUAACCUUAUUUCCACUAAAUAAAACAAU